AUUUCCAAUAUGGCGGCUUCGUGGCAAAGUUGAAAUGAUAAAGCUCAAGAUAUUUUAAGCAGUUUGUUCUUAAUUUUUCAUUAAAAUGAAUAAAUUUUCGGCACGAAAGCAAGAUUUAGGAGGAUGGAGUGCAAAAUUUGGAGAAGAAACCAGGAAUCAUAGGCAUCCGUGUAAGUACAGCGAGGGUCAAUAUAUGAUGUGAUUACGUUCACCCGGACGAUCAUGCAUGAUCAACCUGCUUAUGACACGAUGUGUUUAUUGGUGAAUUUCUUCAACUUUAAAAGAAUAAUAAAUGGUUAUGCAGGUCUUUCAUCCUAAAGUGAAACGUUUAUUAUAUAUUUUGUAAAAAAUAAAUCGUUAGCACAGUAAGCCAGUACAAACUAACCCAACUUAAACUUCUUAGACAAAAUGACCCAUUUUUUUUAAUGAAAAUGCUAAAACUUGCACUUGCAUGUAAAGCAGUAAUUCAAAAUUUAUUAAUUCUUCUUCUGUUCUUCAGUACCCAACAGGCUUGUAGGUCUUCCUGCUAUUAACUAUGCUGGUCUUCAGUUGCUAUGUAGCACUGAGGGGCUUGGUGAGAGGUAUGUUAAACUUAUUUAGCUGUGACCCGAGAUCAGGCCCAAUUUUAGCAGUUCUCAUACAUUCUCUCUUACGUAGUCCCACUUGCAUUUCGCCUUGCCUAUCGGAAUGUUAUUUACAAAGGGAAACUAAAAACGCACCUUAUCUCAGGUUAAUUUAGCUGACAACUAGAUGUGUUUUUGAGCAUCACGAACAAUUUUUAACUGUCAGGAUUCAACCUAAAAGUUGGUUCAUUUGUUAAGUUGUUUGAUUGACCUGAAUGUUUAAUUAUUAUGGAAUUCCUAUACAGCAGUGCAUGUCGCACUCAAUAAGUCAAGGUCAAAAUAUAAAAACAUAAUAGUUCAGGAAGACACGAAACAACUAAAUACAUGGGCACUUGUUUACAUAUCUUUAAUGAUUAAUUAUUAUUAAUUGCAGUUGAGUACUCUUUGUGUUAAAGCCUUUUCCUUCAAAAACAAGAUGAUCAGAAAACAGAGUGCUAGCCAUUUAUUUAUCCAGUGGUCUUUUAAGUUCCAGUGAAAAUAUUAAAUUCCAUCGAAAAUCAAAAGUUCACAUUUAUAUAAUUAUUUGGUGUUGGAAUAAAUGGAUUUUAAGUAAAACUUUUGUUGUUUGUAAACAGAGACAGACCCUCAACAUCAGAAGCUCAUCGAUUCUUCAUGAGUAACUAUCCAAAGAUGUUUAACAGACCUGCCACCCAUAAUACACAGUUGUCAUUAGACUCCAGGCAAAUAAGGUAUGAAUUUUAUUUUGCUUUAGUUAUUCCUGGUCUGUGCUGACCCUGACCCUGGUCAGCUGUCAGAGAUGAUGAUGGCCAUGUCUGUCGCUAGCAGUUACGCAGCUUUGUGUAAAUUUUGUUAACACAUAAUUAGUUCCACUAUACUUUGCCCUUCUCCAUCCCUAAUAUUCUUUGUCAAGCUUUUGUAAAUGUAGUUUUUGUCUAAUCACCUUGUAUUAAUAUAUACUGUAAAAUAAAGGUAUUACUUUUUAAAGAAUGGAGUAAAAUACAUUCAAAUACAAAUACAUGUACCACAAAGAUGACUUGAAGUUUGUUCUUAUUUUACAGAAGUCUCUCUAGAUUCCAUAUUAAUUUUGUACCUCUGGGACAACAUCAGAAGACCUUUUCAUACUAUUUUAGUAACUAUUACUUGAUCUCUGUUUGGUUUUCCAGGUGCAAAUUACGAAAUGUUACUGUGAAAUAAUUGUUAUUAAUAGAGAGCAUGAAAAGUAAUAUUGUUUUGUUACACAACAUGGCUUCAUAGUUUUUUUUCAUCAACAGAAAGUUAAAUUUUGGAGAUGGACAGAUGUUGAAAGCACAAGAAACUAAAAUACCACAUGGUAGGAUGCAUUAAAAGUUCUCUAAUUCCCUAAAAAUUGUCUUAUUAUUUUAGUCCUCAAAACAUUAAAAAAAAAUAUUUUUAUGAAUUCUUUUGGCACCUGCAGACAAAGGAUUAUAUCCCCACUGGUGUGAAGGGUUUAACCCGCCCAUCAGCCAUAACAUCUCAGAUCACCUGUCAAAGCUUCACAGACACUCAGUUAUCACUACAUCUUUUGCUGGAUUACAGAACAUGAGAAUAAAGGCCAUCAAGAAAGUUCUUAAAAAACAGUAAGUUUAUUCAAUACGUACUCUCUGUAUAACACAGGAAAAAUUUCAGAUUCCCAAAUUGGGAAAUUCCUGUAAAUUUUCCCAAUUUAGGGAUAAUAUUGGGGAAAAAUCGGGAACGAAAUUACCAAAAUUGGGAAAAUUUUGGGAAGUUGAACCACUUUUAAGAUCACAAAAAAGGGAUUUUUUUGGGACAAUAUAAUAAUUAUAUUUUCAAAACUCCAUUUUGGGAAUAUUAUGGGAAUUUACCCAAUUCUGGGGAAAAAUUGGGACAUGAAUUUCCUUCUUUGGGAAAAUAUUGGACAAAAAAAUUGGGAAAAUUUUGUCUUGGAGAAAAUAGAAAGUACUAUUUUGGGAAAAUAUUGGGAAAUCUUAAGAGUUCAUUCCACUCGUCCCAAUUUUUUUUGGAUUUGGGAAAUAUUUUUCCAAAAAUGGGAAAACAUUGGGAACAGAGUUGUUAAAUGUUUUUGGAUUUUCCCAAUUCUAGGAAGGAAUGGGACAUAGCUUUCCUACGGUGGGAAAAGUUUGGGUGAAAAAUUGGAUCAGGUAAAAGUUACUGUAGAGUUAAGUUUUCUAUUCCAGUCGCCAUCGCCGCGUGUCUUUAAGAAAGAAAGAAAGCCGAGUGGCCUUGGGGACGAGAAUGCUUGCCCCAGUUCUCUUUCCCCGCAUGCGCACAAGAACGGCUCGCUCGAUUCAAACUCCCGUUCAGAAGAUGGCUUUGUUUCUUGCUUCGUCCUCACAAAAUUCAGACUUAGAGCCAAAGAAAACGGAUAAAGAUGAACGAAAAGAACAAUUUGAGGAUAUAGAGAAUCCAAGUGCAGAGGAAAUCUUAAAACGAAUCAAAGAAUGUUGUGGAGAAGCAGUGGGGAAAGCGUUUGAAGGUACGAACGUUGCUUUUAUAUUUUCGGCGGGAAACGGCCCAGAAUGCUACAAACCUUCCAAGUUUCUCUCUUUUUUAGUUUUCUUUUACUUUUUGGCGUGCUUUUAUUGAACAACAACAAUCUGUGGUACUUUGCAUUGGCGAAGACUUGAACAAUAUUAAAUCAAUAUUUCCUAGCAAAUGUAAAGUUUACUUGUUUAUUCCAUGGCCGUCCAUUUUGCCUACAUACUGAACUUUUGCUAGAAAAAAAGUUUCAUGAAGUCGAGAGGUUGAGGUUUAAAGCUUACUUCUCUUUUUCUUUGAAUUAAAUGUAAAAUCUCUUUUAUUUUAUAUACCCGUUCCAAGCACUGACUUGAUUGAGAAUAAAAAAACUGUCUCGCACGAUACAUGUUUUGAAUAUGUAAAACUGGCAGAAGUGCAGGUCAUAGCUUUCUAGGUUUUCAUCUCAGCUAAUAUAUAAGCUUAUGAUAUAUAAUACACUAAAAAUAUGUGUGUAUGUUACUGGUACAUAACAUCCUAAACUGGUCAAAGCCCUGUUUUCUUCCCUUUGGAUUAUUAUUAUUUUUUUAACAUUGAAGGUUGAAGGUUUUUGAUUUGCAUUACUGAUUUUAAAAUUGCAGGACAGUGGCGAUAUUGGUAGCUUUGGAUCAACACUUUCACCAGAUAACUCUGAAAACGAAAAAGGAGACCCACCACCUUCCCAGGCUAGUACUGCAGAGGGGGGUAGCAGUAUUCAGUUGUCACCAAAACUUUGCAACAUGAUUGUGAGAUUUAUAUGUGGAAGUGUUUUGGGUGGAGAGGAGAUCUCAAAGCUGCUGAAGAAGAGAUUCUCUGUCACACCUAGAAAUCUCACGCCCCUCACUAUCUCAACUGUUGGAAGUGGUGUCCAAGAAGCCAGCAAGGCACAAGUAUGUGGAAAUCCCUGAUGAACCUGUUGAUCCUAGGCAGCUGAAGAUGGGUAUGAUAAAAGUGAACAAGGAGACUGAAACAAGUUACCUUUCAUAACUUUAAUAGUGAUGUGAUGAUGUUGAUUUUAUGACAAUUAAUGCCUAAAAGGACUGUGUUUUUUUCUGAAAACUUUGAAAGAGUUUAUUGUUAUAACCUUUCCUCAAGGGUACUGACUGUUUUAAUGAUGGAAACACCUUACAUUUGAAAAAGGUUGUGUUGGGAUUCAUUAAUGUUCUAUAUUAUUUAUUAUAGCAAGAAGUAUUGAUGCUUUCCAUAUUAUACUGUAAAUUGAACAACCAGUCAGUCUAAAUGCACUUGAGACAUUGAUGGACACAUUCAAAUGAGACAUUUUGAAAUUCUAAGACAUGUAUACUUACUUAUAUAAAUAAAUUCAAAUAGUUUAUUUGUACAAAAUAUGCACUAUGUUUUUAUUUAAACCAAAAAUAUAGUUAAGUGUAUUAAAACUGUUUGAAAAGAAAAUGCAUUAUCUUAGUUGAUUUGGACAAAAGCUGUUUGUCUAUUCUAGACUUGUUGGGAUUUGGAUUGGAAAUUUCAAUCCCAAUAUUGGGAAAAACCAGGCUCAAAAAUAACCCAUUAUUGGGUAAAACUUGGGACCUAGAAAUCCCAUUAUUGGGGAUAAAAUGGGACGUUUUAAUCCCAAUACUGGGAAAAAACUGGCACAAAAAUAACCCACUGUUGGGUAAAACUUGGGACCUAGAAAUCCCAUUUUUGGGAAUAGAAUGGGAAGUUUUAAUCCCAAUACUGGGAAAAAACUGGCCCAAAAAUAACCCAUUCUUGGGUAAAACUUGGGACUGAAAAAUCCCAUUAUUGGGAAUAAAAUGGGAUUUUAAAAACCCAUGCUUGGUUUUGGUAGCACUUUCCCAAUUUUGGGUUUUCCCAAAGAAAUCCCUUUGAAAUCCCAAUUAUUUCCCUUUUUAAACCCAAAAUGGGGAUUCUGAAAUUUUUCCUGUGUAAGUGAUGUUUUUUUCAGUCAGUGAAUGUUUAUUUUGACAGUAAAUCUACUAUUUUAACCCUUUAAGCCCCGAUAUCCACAUACAAAUUCUCCAAACUUAUCUCUAUAUAUUUCCUUAAAGAAUGAGUUGAGAGAAUUUGAUAAAAGAUCAAAGUAUUUACUCUUAGGUGAUCAUUUAAUUAAUUCUCAGAACCUAAUCUCAUGAUAAUGUAGGGAUAUCGUUAGGAAAAAAUUGCUGUUGGUCACUAAUGGGACUUAAAGGUUUAACUGUUUGACCUUUCAUUUUUGACAGGCCUUUUGAAAGGAAAACAAAAGAUAAUGAGAUCCUAUUUAAGCACCUGCAAUAUUUUCCUGAAGUUGCUGAUCAAGUUCCAAGCCAUGUGCUGAAAGAACUCUGUUCUGUAGCACAGCUUGACAGAUGUCCAGAGGAGGACUACACAGGUUAGACCAUUUUUUCAAGUCUUGUCGGUUGAUUUAGCUUCUUUUAACGAGACCUAGAAUACACUGGAUCUCUCGUGGGUGUUGUGUGGUAACAGCGUACUUUGCAUUGAUCACCUUACUCUAUCUGCCAUCUUCUUUGGCUUUCUGAGGGCGUAAGGGGGACACGAGCACCACAAAACUGCACAGAAAUACUUAUAAACACCACACAGAAUAACAUAAGCAAACUGCAAACCGCGUUGAAAUUACCCAAAAAUUUUUAAUGUAUUAAAUUUUGCAAACUGCUUCAGGUUUUGUAAAAUCUCAAUACGGUAACUUAAAAAAAAAAUUUCUGCAAAACUGAAAAAUCACAUCACCACAAACCCUUAAAUGCCCCCCUCCUUUCUUAACAACACACACAUGAGGACUUCACAAGCUACGAGAAAAAUAUAAUUGAAUCUGAAACGAAAAGUUUUAUUUUUAAUUUGUGGCAUGAUACUGGUUUAAGAAACUUUAAGAUAGAUAUUUAAAGGUUUUCUCCCUCCACAAAUUUUAACAUCUCUUAUAUUAAUUUUUUGUUACAGAGAUGUAAUCUUCCAAAACAUUUGAAUACUAGGUGCCAAAUUCCAGAAUUUUUGUUCGUUUUUUUUUUCAGUGUUUGGUAAUACAGGCCUCCAUCUUAUCUUAAGAGGAAGUGUUGUACCACAAACUUCACCAGCCUACUCACGAAUAAGUGAAACAACAGAGUUUCCUUCUCCAACACCAAUAUUUGAUGAAGAUGAGCUACAAGUAAAAGAAAAGGUAGGAAUUUUGGGAAAUUAAAAUAUAUGUACAUAUAUUUUUCAAAGUACUUAAAUCUGGACUGUUCACAGUCACUUAUUUUUCCAUAAGAUUAUAGAGAUCGAAUGCUUAUCAUUACAUGCAGGCAAUGUGCCAGGGGGAGGGAGGCGAGAAAAAUAAAAUCUGAAAAAACUACUUGUCUUGCCUCUUCCCAAACUAUCCCCCCCCCCCCAGUAAGUAGAAUUAAUACUCAUCCCCAGGCAGGGAUCAUUUGAAACCAGUAUGGCUGCCCAUCAAGGUAGGCACACGAUCUCAACAGUGAAUUUGUGUGAUGGAGUGGCUAGGAGAGCUCUCUAUGUGAAUUCUUGAGGCCUUUUUUGGAAAAGUGUUUUUGGGCAUACAAUGCACUGAUUUUUAUUCUCCCUUCAUUACUAAGCACUGUCGUGUUUGGUUUUAAAAAAGAUAGCUCUAACACAUUGUAUCUGCCCAGACAUCAACGUGGGGAAAUUCUUUUAUUUGAGUCAGACACUGUCUAGUGGCCUGUUGUAAUUUUAUUGCAACUGUAUAAACCAUUCCAUGUAAAUUCAUUUUGUUUUUUUUAGCUAACAGUUGGCCAAUGUUUUGGUACACUAAGCAAAGUUGAGGGGAGGGAACCAAACUCAAGGUAUUUACUUUGUUUGUAUUAUUAGUGCAUUUACUUUCCUAUUAACUGCUACCGCCUCAUAUACCCCCUGCUAGCUAGCUUCCAAACGUAUUCUCACUGAAAACACAUGUGCUGCUUUUUUAUGAGCGUGAGACAAAAUUAUUAAUUUUUUUUAUAGGCUACUUUCUGUUAUUUCCUUGGAACCGUGUGAGUUUCUGAAGAUUUCCACUAGUGAUUAUGCACGAGUUAUCCAGGUAACUUUGAAUAUUAUUUUAAAACACUCAACAAUGGCUUGCUGCUUAUCUUAAAGAGUUCUCUUCUUGUAACAUAUUGUUGAUUCCUUUCUUGUUCGAAUUCUCGCGGAUUCUCGAGCACGUGCUCGUGACGUCACCGUACGCUGUCAACCAACCUCGUUGCUAGGAUCGUUGCUUCUAAAACUUCGUCAUCAUUCAGAAAGCACUUUCGCAAUUAUGAUGUAUUCUUAGAGAAAAGGACUACAAGAAGGGACCAAUAGCAAAAGCAAUGACAAAAUUCCUAAAGCACACUUACCCGAACACCGCUUUAUAUUCCAUUACAGAUCAUUCAAGCUCGUGAGGAAGAACAGAAACUGUCCUUAGCCAAGAUGUGCAAGCUUUUCCACAGCUGGCCUUUGCUCUCGCUCAAGAAAAUAGCUGGACUCAUUAAAUGGAGAAAGUUUCCACCUGGCCAAGGUAUAGAUGUUCAAGACUAGGAAAUCCAAUUGGCAUUCUUACUGAUGUUCCUCGGAAGUAAGGGGUAGUGAUCCACGGAAAGAGGAUUAUUACCUGUUUUAUUGAUUUGUUAGGUUAGCCUGUGAGAGCGCAAGCUCUGCAUGACUAAGCGACUUGAUACUGGGGGAGGAGAAGAAAGCCCCCACCUUACCCCCCCCCCCGUCACUUCUGAUCCAUAAGUCGAAAGUAUUUUCGCAGAGUUGGCUGGUCAAAUACCACUUAAUAAGGGACACGACUUGGAAAAAAAGAACUCUUCAGAGCAAAUUAAGAGAAACGUUUGGGUAUAUAGUGCAGAAUUACUUGGUGGAAAGUUAAUAUUACAUUUUAUGAAAUUAAAUCCGCUGGUGAAAACGACUUCUCUACAAGGUUUUAAUCUGAUUCUCUCUGUAUUCGAUAUUUGUUCUUUCUCAGUCCUUGUAAAAGAAGGCGAAAGAUGUGAAGUGAUUGGUUUUAUAAAGAAAGGAGAAUGUCUCUUACGGCGACAUAUCAACGUGGCUCACACUUUUCCAAAUGGCAAAAAGGUUAGUUUCCCCCACCUUUCUGCAGUUCAUCUUUUAAAUAAAUGGGGUCGGAAGAUGUAAAAAUUGACGUAUUCUGAAUCUGUGAUGUCUCUACCAUUGAUAUCGAAGAAAUGAUGAACCCUGAUGAUAAACCAGUGUUAAGAAAUCAUUUAAAGGUAGCUUGAAUUAUCCAGAAUAUCAAAUUGAGUUGCAAAACUUGACAAGAUGGAAAGAAGUAGAAGAUGUUUGCAAGCAGACAAGCCAGGUAUUAGAUUUGGUAACCGGCCAACAUGAGUGUACUGUGAAAAGUGCCACGCCCAUGACCACGUGUUCCCUACGAUGAAAAGUGCCACGCCCAUGACCACGUGUUCCCUACUGUGAAAAGUGCCACGCCCAUGACCACGUGUUCCCUACUGUGAAUAGUGCCACGCCCAUGACCACGUGUUCCCUACUGUGAAAAGUGCCACGCCCAUGACCACGUGUUCCCUACUGUGAAUAGUGCCACGCCCAUGACCACGUGUUCCCUACUGUGAAAAGUGCCACGCUCACGACCACGUGUAUCCCUACUGCCCCCCCUUUUCAAGUAAUGAACUUUUCUUUAUAAUCUGUAGGAACAACGCACCAAGUCUGUGCUUAUUGGUAGACUGUGCACAGGAGACUCGUUUGGUGAGAGCACAGUGCUGAAGGGUCUACCGAUGCCAUGCUCUGUAGUCACGGAUACGCAUGUGCAGAUAGGCACCAUCUCCACAUUUGACGUUUAUGGUAAAAUUUCACGUCAUAACAUGCUUUCCAGACCGGCGUAUUUCCAGGGCUAUUGUUUAUUGUAAUGUUAACUGUGAUUUGGGUUUCUGUCCGACUUUCUACAUGAUAGCAAAUUACAAACAAAAACCAUAGUUUACUUGAUGUUUGAUUUUGUUUAGACUUAGAUGAGGUAACAAGAUCGCUUCUGACCCAGUCCUACUCUGUGAUGGAUGCUAAUUUAACGGAGGUAGAUUACUAAUAUAAAUGUAACGGUACAUGUUUUGUUUUCUUUCGGCUUCUUCUUCUUUUGCUCACCUUUUUCGUGGCGAGGGACUCAAAAAACAAUACAUCGUCUAAUUUCAAGGAUUUAGUUUUGUCUGUCUCGACUCCAGUCGGAAUAUCAGACUAUCAGUUGCCCUACCCUAGGUGGGUAGAGCCUCCUUUGCCGGGAUGUGAAACAUUACAAUUCCGGUAUUAGCUGCUUAUCAUAUCCAGGAUUUUUUUAGCGUGUUUAAAUACACGCUUAGAAAACACGCUCAUAGAUGAUCAGAUGAUCUAGCAAAGGGGUUUUUCAGUCUCCGGGAGUUAUUUGAGCGUUCAAAAUACUUAUUUUAGUUUCAGACAUUUAAAUUAUCGUCGAUCGUUUUUUUCGCAGGAUGAGAUACAGAAAGAAUACAUCGAACAAGAGAAAGAGAAGGAGUGGAUCAGAUUCAAGGUGGGGCCUGAUAUCCUAAUGCAGAUUGAUAGCCUGUUUAGCAGGCGCCGUUUUUUAUGGCGGAGGGAGAAAUUUCGAGGACGGACACGCGCGCACGUGGAGAGCCGGAUAAGGAGAGCUGUUAUAGAGCGCGCUCUAUAGCAACUAACCAAAAAACAGACCGGCGCCUGCCACGCAGGCUACAGAUUUGAAUAGUAAAAUUUCGCGGUCUAGAAACUUCACACCGCAGCUCUUUCCAAACGUUGGGAUUUUCCAGUUCGGGGCCUUUUUGAUGGUGGCGCCUUGACCCCGAUGGUAGAAAGUUUCUUGCUGACACAUAUCUUGUACAAACCGAUCCUUCGGCCCCAUGAUACCAAACUUCAUGCGAUCUCUACUUAGACAGUAAUGUAAGUUCGUUGCAUUUAAAACAAGACCUAUCACUUUUAUCCUCAAAGAAAAAAUGACAAACUAAAGAAGAUAAUGAUAAAAAGCAGUUGUUUAAAGCGACGCAUAGCGUGGAUUCCAUUGGUCUCAACCUGAAGAAAACCUAGAAAAAUUCUUUUUUACUAUUUGUCGAAUUGAAACAAUUAAAUGCGUACUUUUCGUUUCAGAACAAAGUCGUCAGCAAUGUGUUACAUCACAGAGGUAUUCUUCCCGGAUACAGCAAAUGGAGUAGAAAUCUCUCCCCAUUGGAAGCUCCAUAUAAGUGACACGCAAUCGCACCAGCAAAUUGUGAAGACCGUUAACUAGCCUAAGGCCUAGAUCAAACGUUGAAUUUCACAUGCGCCUACCCUAAUGCUAUUGAGCAAAAUCCGAUUUUCUUGCUUGUUAGCCUUAGGUCCUGAUCAUGUGAAAUUCAACGUUUGAAUCAGUACGGCGUUUGCCGAGCCGGGUCGUAGAUGCGUUGUAGCAUCUCCAAUGUAUCGGCUGCUAAAGCAUUCCAAACUGUGUUUUACCUCCGUCACAAAACGUACUGGCCACGCAAUCUUUCUACACAGUCAUCUGUAGAAGACAGCUUGAAAAUGAGAUGUCAUUUCUUGUACCAAACUGCAUAGCCUGUUCCAGGCAUUCAGAUAGUGGAGAGCGGUG